AAACAACCUCCUCCAAUCCUUCAUUUCACCAUGAAUUUCUUCAAAUCCAUUUUAUUGGACGAUCCGGACCCUCCCAAAUCCCUUAAUUCCGAUCAACCCGGUCCAAAUUCCCCUCUCAAACCACCUCACCAAGAUGCCAAUCCCGGCGGCGCCGCUCAGGAAGGCACUGCCGCUGAUGGGUGGAGUUUCGGAGGUUUGAUUAAAACUUUGGCUACCCGAUCCGAAUCGGUGAUCGAAACGUACCGUAAAGAUCUGGAGGAAUUCGGAUCGGGUCUGAAAAAAGAGUCCGAGAUUAUCCGGGAGGCCGCCAGCCGAGCCGUGAAGGAUCUCCCGGCUUCACUCGAAGCCGGCACUUCAGCUGCGCAGGGCGUGCUGGAUGGUGUGCUGAAGUCAACAGCCGAAAUCAUAUCCAAGGAAACCCAAGUUUUCGGGUCGGAUGGGGAACCCGAGACCCCGGAAACGAAUCGGGGCUUGAAUUCGGGUCGGUACAGUUGGUUCGAGUCGCAGGUGAGUGCUGUUCAGAGUGAUCCGAGUACUUUCUGUGAAGAGCCGGAGGAUGUGGAGGAGUACAAGAAGUGGAAACUAACGUUUGAUCUCGAUGAGAAGAAGGGCGAAAUCGAGGAUAUGGUUGGGGAGAAUGGGAAUUUGGAGGGUAUUUACGAAAGGGUUGUUCCGAGUGUGGUCGAUCACGAGACUUUUUGGUGUCGGUAUUUUUACAGAGUGGAUAAACUGAAGCAGCAGGAGAGUGUUAGGGCGAAUCUUGUCAAGAGAGCGAUUUCGGCGGAUGAAGACGAUGACUUGUCUUGGGAUGUCGAUGAUGAUGAUGUUGUUUUGGAAAAAGAUGGUAAUGGGAGUAAGAUAAAGAGUGGUGCGGAGGUGAAAGAAGUGAAGUCCGAUGAGAGAGAAGUUAAGUCCGAUGAGAGAGAAGUAAAGUCCGAUGAAGUUGAUGGACUGAAAAGUGACGAGAAAGAGAAAGAAGUGAAGUCCGACGAAGUUGGUGAAUCGAAAAGUGUCGAAAAAGAGAAGGAAGUAGUGAAGUCCGAUGUUGUUGGUGGAUUGAAAAGUGAGGAGAGAGAGAAAGAAGUGAAGUCGGAUGUUGUUGUUGGUGGUGGUGGAUUGAAAAGUGAGGAGAAAACGAAAUCGGAAGAGAAGAGUAAUGAGAAUGUGGGAGUAGUAGAGAAGGGUGAAUCUGGCAAAAAGGGAGACGUUUCGGAAGAGGAGGAUUUGGGGUGGGAUGAGAUUGAGGAUAUUGGGAGUGGGGACGAAGAUAAAAACUCGAAAACAAGUGAUGCCGGGAGAGUCAACAGAGACGAGCUGAGGAAGCAGUUGAGUGUUGAAGACGAUGGAGACGAGGAUUUGAGUUGGGAUAUUGAAGAUGAUGAUGAUGAUAAUAAUGUGCCGGUGAAAUCGAAAUCGUGAUUGUUCAUCAAGAAAAUAUCGAUCAAGAAACGUACAAACUGGUAAUGUAAUGAAUAUGCCUCGUUUAAAGAUUUGCUCGUUUUCUCUAUCAUUCAUUGUGUGAUGAAGUUUCAGUUUGUUUAUUCGAUGAAUACGUCUUUAGUUUGUUCGUGGGGGAUUAUAAUUUUCUUUCGGUUAUUAACUGUUUUAAAUUCUCGGUUAUGUUGAGCUGAGCCAUUUGUCCUGACAAGACUGGGACUGCAUUUGUUGUAAUUGUGUUUCGUAUUCAGAAGAACCGUUGCCUCUUU